AUGAACGGAGAAGACCCGCCUGAGAGGCCCAGCGAGAUUUCCGCCAUCAUCAACGGACUCGAACGAUACAACCCCGAGGCUGUUGGUGCCCUUGAGACCUACCUGACCGAUCAAUGCGAGCAGAAGUUCACUGACUGCAAUGCCAACCGAACGCUGCUGAAGCUGUACCAGCUCAACCCUGACCGCAUUAAGGAUGAGGCUAUCACCAACAUUCUGGUCAAGACAAUGACCCAGUUCCCCUCCGCGCAGUUCUCCCUCGCUCUCCACCUCAUCAACCCCUCCUCAGCCGUCAAUGGCGACCUCGGCGAGGCUGUCACCAAGCUCCGAUCCCUCAACGGCCAGCUCGAGGGUGCUCAGUACUCCAGCUUCUGGGCCGAUCUGGACGACGACAUGGUUGCCGAUUUGAUUGCCGACAUUCCUGAUUUUGAGGAGCUUAUCCGUCACCGUAUUGCCCUCCUUGUCUCACAAGCUUUCCGCGAGCUUCAAAUCACCCACCUCGAGUCAUGGCUCGGUCUCAACGAGGACGCCACCAAGAAGUUCGUCACCGAGGUCUGCGGUUGGACUGUCGAGGGCGAGGGUCUUGUCAAGGUGCCUUCCAACCCGGACAACGAGGCCAAGAAGUCCGAGAUCCGCGAAGAUGUCAACGUAGAGCAGUUCUCCAGAGUGCUCCGACGGUCAUGGGAGGACACUGUUUAA